AUGACGUCUGUACCGGUGAAGAAGGCGCUGGCGGCACUGUUGCGGGACCCGGGGAACGCCUGCUGUGCGGACUGUAAGUCUCAAUCGCACCCGCGGUGGGCCUCCUGGUCUCUGGGCGUGUUCGUAUGCAUUAAAUGUGCUGGGAUCCACCGUUCCUUGGGGACACACAUCUCCAAAGUGAAGUCUGUGGACCUGGACACGUGGCGGGAGGAGAACCUCGUGGAGCUUGUGCGUAUGGGGUCGAAUGUGGCCGCGAACAGGUACUACGAGGCUGCUCUGGACCGUGGCCAGACUGCAGAGGACAGGGAGAACUUCAAGCGGUUGCUUCUGGACACGAACAAGUUACAGAAUUUCAUUAGGAACAAGUACGAGUUUAAGAAGUGGGUUGCGGGUAGUGCUCCACCACAGGCCACCACCGAGGAGCCCCCCGCUGUUGAUUCUCCCUUCUCGAGCAACAACACACCACCACCGCCUCAAUUGAACACGAUACCUGUUACCACCAGCACGGCACAACCACGCAUACCGACGGAUGCAAGACCAGACUUGAAGAAGUCGAUCCUCUCGCUGUACUCCAAGCCCACGGGCAGUGCCACGAGUGUGAACUCUGCCCCCUCGCACACAAACACAGCAGUCGGAGGCACCCAAAGCAUGAACGGUUCCACGUAUUUCCAUCCUGUGUACCCAUCUACAGCGAGCAAGAGGGACGAAAACUCUACUGUAUCCCUGGACGACAACGAUCUAUUCAAGAACGUCUGGUCGUAG